CAAGUUGCACACACUUUCCGUAAAGUCACGGGUGAGAAUAGUAAUUCCCCUCUCUAACAGCCCUCUUAAAAUCCUCCAUCUUCUUCAUUAUUUUCACUAAUGGCCUGACUCCACUUAUCAAAAAACAGUAGAAAAUCCUCCUAAACCCCCAAAAAUGGAGAACUACUCUUACACCUCUUACCCUGAAUCCGGCGAUUCAUCUCCCCGUUCCCGUGAAAUUGAUUUUGAAAACACUGCCGCAUGGGAAGAUCCGAAUCAAAUCCCUAAUUACAAGGUCAAAUUCAUGUGUAGUUAUGGUGGUAAGAUUCACCCUAGACCUCAUGAUAACCAGCUUGCUUACAUCGGCGGUGAAACUAAAAUACUCUCUGUUGAGCGGAAUACUAAGUUUCCUGUUCUCAUUUCUAAGCUUGCUGCUAUUUGUGAUACUGAUACUGUUUCCUUUAAGUAUCAGCUUCCAGGUGAGGACCUUGAUGCUUUGAUUUCUGUUACUAAUGAUGAUGAUCUAGAACAUAUGAUGCAUGAGUAUGAUCGUCUUUAUAGAGCUUCACCUAAACCAGCUAGGCUUAGGUUGUUUUUGUUUCCGGCGAAUCCGCCGGCGACUGUUGGGAGUGAGGUGUCGCAGAGCCGGAGUUUUGGUUCGGAGGAUUCGAAAUCGGAGAAGGAUAGGUUUGUGGAUGCGUUGAAUUCUGGUCCGAUUCAUGCGUCUCCGACUGCGGGGGCUGUUCCACAGCAGGUUGGAAACGCGGAUUUUCUGUUUGGUUCAGAGAAGGGGAUGGUACCGCCACAUGUGAAAUUGAGAGAUCCGAAUGCUGAGCAAGUUGUUAAGGAACCGGAGAUGCCGGUUCAUGGAGUGGAUGAUAGGAUGAUGGGGACUGAUCCGAUCCAGAAGCACAUUCAGGAUCUGCAGAGAUUGCAUCUAGAAGAGCAACAAAAUAUGUAUCGUCGGAAAAACGACGAUAAUCUGGCAGCGGCUUUCCCCGGAGGUGACUAUUAUGUUCAGAGGGGACCGGAGAAAAUAGCUUCUCCUACCGUGCCGGGUACAGUACCUGCACAGGUUGGCUAUUGGCAGGAAAAACAAGUCCCCGGAGGAGUACUACCGGCGAGCAGUCUCGGUAUGGAACAACCAGUUUACAUGAUUCAUCAAGCACCCGCCGGAGCAUAUCACCCACACCAGCACCAACACCAGCACCCUCAAUUUGUCAGGCCAAUGGCCGGACCACCGGGACAAGGGUACUACGCCGUUCAGAGGAUGCCACAGGAGCCGUACAGGGAUCAACCAGUUUACAAUGUCAUGCCUAGUUUACCACAAGCAGUGCCGACAGUUGCAGCGGCACCACCAACUUUACAAUCUCAGGGACCUCCAAAGGUGGCUGGUUAUUCGGAAGGAUAUGGCAUGGUAAGACCCGCAACUACCAUGGGAGUUGGUGUAGCAGAUGCAGGUGGAUACACACAAAUGGCGUACGAUGGUGGAGUAGGAAGGCAGAUGUACUAUCCUCCCCAAGGUGGUGUCAUGGCGCCACCACAACAACAACCGCAGUACCACGCAAUGCCGCCGCAAGCGGUGGUUAGCUCCGAUAUGAGAACUCAAGAAGCUGCUAAAGUCAAACCUACAGUGUGAUUCUUGAAGCUGUUUAAUGAAAGGUAUAUGAACUUUCAUAUAAAAAUAAUAAAAUAAAAGUAGUAGGGCAUGAGUUUAUAGUAUAAUUCUGUUUAUCUUGAGUAGAUUAUGUGCCAUGUUCAUGUGUACAUUUUGAGUGGAGAUUGAGUUUCAUUAUUCUAUGCUUCUUCAAGAUUAUAUGUUCCUUUAUA